AUGUGGACCGCCGACACCGCAAAGCACCGUCACGACUGCCCGCCGCCGCACCACGCGCCUGCCUCCGCGAAGCAUGGCUCCUUCUUCCCCGAGAUGCCGCUCUCCCUGCUCGGCUCGCUCCUGCGCAGGCAGAGCCCCUCGCCCUCGCCCUCGCCCUCGCCCUCGCCCGCUCCCGCUCCCGCGCCUGCCAGCCCCGCCGCCGCCGACACCACCCCGCCGCAGACCACGCCCAUGAAAGUAGACCCGGGCGCGCCUGAGAUAUCUCCGACUCCCUCCCGCCCUGCCUCCUCGAGCAGCCUUCUGUCCGCCGAGGACAAGCCCAGGAAGCGCGCCGCCCGCCCCAAGACCACCUACAACCUCGCGCAGCCGCCUCCGUCCUCGCACCCCAAGAAGCUCCACAUCCGCCCCAAAGUCCUGCUCCAGCUGCACCAAGUGAUUGCCUCACGCCGCCCGAAGCCCGUCUACGAAGUCAUCCCGUUCUCCAUCCUCGCCCCCGUCUCCACGCGGCGCCUGGCUCGCACCUUCCGCAGCAGAGAGAAACUGGGCCCGCACGAUCUGCUGAUUGUGAAGGCCGAGGAGUACAAAACCAAGGAUGAGGACGACAAGUCCGACGACGAGCGGUGGGGCGCGCGCGAUGUCAUAGCCGUCAUCUGCCCUGGGAAGAAAGAAGGGGACAACUGUGUCAAAACGGAGGUGUGCAUGGACGACGGCUCAAGCUGGGAGGUGACCAAGACACCGAAUGGCGGCUAUGAGUUCAGCUAUACAGAUGAGCACGGCCUGACCCUGAAGUCGCGCUGGGUUCCGAAGCCCCCACAUGCGCGCCGCCAGUCCACCAUGUCGAGCGCCUCAUCAGCCUCGCCAACGCUGCCCGAGGAACGCAAGUUCACGUUUAGCACAAUCAGCGCGACUUCUAGGCGCCACCCCAUCAUUGCAACCCUGACGCGCGAACGCAUUGAAGUAUUGGAUUCGUAUACAAUGCCCAGCGCGACCUCACCUCCUACGCCUGGCCUCCCUCCUUCCGCCCUAACCACCCCUACAACCACACCUAGCGUCGAGAUGGGCUCCUUCUUAGAUAGCGCCAACGAACGACUACCUGUCACAACCGAUGACGCACUUCGGCGCUUCAUCAUCGUGACCGGCAUAUGGGUUGCCUUCUCGGAGAAUUGGUCGCCUGCGUACUCUUUCUCCAGGGUCGCCUGUCCUUCGCCCUUGUCUACUUCCACGACCUUCCGCCCGGCCCAGCCAAGCCGCACCGCUUCCAUGCCGUUCAUUGACUCUCCUCGCUCCGCGUCGCCCGCCUCUACGACUGACGAGAGCCGGCGCACCAUUCCCAGGAUCAUAAGAACCGGAACGCAAUUGCUCCACCGCAACGCCAGCUUCAACAGCCCAGCUUCGUCGCCAAUAACUGAGAAACCUUCCCCUGUCUCGACUCCUGCUAAGACGCGUUCGCGCCGCUCCAAUUCAACGGGCAACGCAGAGUUCCCGCGCAAGACCGGCAGCACGAAGAAGCGGUUUGGCCUUGAUUUGGAGGACCAAGUGCUCCAGGAAACCGAAGAAGAGAGGCAAUUCAGACGCAGCACCGAACUUCUCCGCAUCAAGGAACUUACCGUGCCCUCCCCGCCAGCAGCAGCUUCGCAAACCCGAUCGCAAUCUCUUACGCCUAUCCCGUCCAUUGAGGCCCCAGCAUCAGACCGUUCGCCUUCUCCCGCAUCCUCGGAUCCCAGGGCAAAGAAAACGAGGUCGGCGUACAACCCUGUAACAACAGCUGGUUUGUGGGAUUCCGGGGUCGCAGACGGACCGGGGCUUAAGACACGACCUACGAGCAUGGUCGUAGUGAACGAGAAGCAGAAAAAAGCGAAGCGCAAGGAAGAACGAUCCAAGAGCAGGGAGAAGGGCAAGGAGAAGAAGGACAAGGACGGGCGACGCAAGAGCGAGAGCUUCAAGCAGCUGUUUACGGGAAUGUUCCGACGAGAAAAGAGCUCAUCUGGAUCCUAG